AUGUUUGCAACAGGUCAACCAAAGUCAAAAGGAUUCGAUCCAGAAGUGUUCAACAUGAAAGCAAACACGAAGCUGAGAAAACGCAACGAGGAAUGGCGUGAUGCCGUGUAUGUGGACGAUGCUCCUAUAAACGGGCCAAAUUUGUACGUGGUUCUCACGGGUUUCCACGAUCCAGAUAUACUUGAGCAAUUAAUGGAAGCAGGAGUGCCUUUAUUCUGUGUUAUCAGGAUCAAAAGACCCGAGGAACAACUCGAUCGAAAUGUAGGAACCGGAUUAAUCGAUCCUUUAGCAACACGAAAGUUGCAAUUUUCUAUACCGUAUGAAGUCGACAAAAUUGAUCUGCUGAAAUUUUGGACGACGGUCGAGAAGCGAUGGAUGGAUCCUCAGAAUCACCCUGACUUCUGCGACAUUGCACUCGUCACGUUCUGUCCACCGAAUUUGCCAAGGUCGUGCGCCGACGAAUGCGAGACCGUCAAAACAAUAGUCUACGACUCUGUGUCGCAUUUCGUGUACGACGUCUACGAUCUUCACCGACAACAUACUAACUACCUGAAGAGUAUGAAGGUCGACACGAACAUCAGCAAAGUCGUUGAAGACAAAGUUGAUAUGAAGGUCUAUGAAGAAUUCUUAGAUGACGUGCCCGAGGAAUGCGUCACUGUACCACUGAUACUAUUCGCGAUGCUGAAGCAAGUCGACACCCAGGAAGAAAACGAUGUCGACGAAAAAGGAGAUGCCGAGGAACAAACACCAUCGUCGGAUGACAAAUCUGUCCUCCAAUCUCCUGCCGACUUUGUUCGGCAAAAAUUAACAGCUCUUAAUCUCGAAUUCGAUUUGGACGAAGAGCAACGCAGGGACAGCGAGCACCCAAAUGAGAUCGAGUUAAUCCAAGGAGAUUCUCUAAAUGAAGUAAUACGCUUCUUCCGCUCCACGACCUCGACCAACCUGAUGGACGACAUUUUGCCCAUCUUCCUGCACCCGAGCAUCGGAAUUUUUGAUUCGCAUCCGGAAAUUUCUGAACAGAAACGCGCAGAGUACUCCCGUCACAUAGAUGAAACGAGAGCGUACUUCUUCGAUAGAAUCAGCCACGAAGAGGUCAAACACUACUUGCAUAUUCUGGUGCUCGACAGAAUGAUAUUCGGGCCAUACAGAGCUGAAGGAAGUUCGUCGGAGAAGGGAAUAGAUUUACAAGAUUCGAUGACUUCGUUGAGGCGCAGUAAGUCCCUUGAGCUAACCUCGAAAUCUGGGGAGAAGGUUCGUUUCUACAGCGACGGGAACAUCGACUACGGCAAGGUCGUGCCGGCCUUCGUCAAGUAUGCUCCUCUGUUCGACCUAAUCGACCCUAGGGAAUUACUAUCGCCGGGGUAUUUAAAGGAACGAGUAUUCUCGAAGACGAGAGGUUGGAGUCUGGAGAUCUACGACGAAGUCGAGGCACUCUCGACGCCCAUUUUUCUGCAGAUUCUUUACGAGUGUCUCCAGACGUACGAUCACAUCGAGUCGAGGUACUUCGAGCCGACGGAUUCGCUGUUGCUGUAUUUCGGAUGCAAGAGGAUAGUUAAUGGAGUGCACCAGGAGCAGAGGAUGAACAGCAUUCGAACGCCAGUUCGCCUCCAUGACUUUACCGAAUACGUGGUACCUGAAGAAGCGGAGUGGAUACGUCGAGAGGAAGCGAUGUACAUAUGGGAGACGACCCAGUCGAUCGAAAGAUUGAUGAGGAAAAGUGCCGAGAUGUACGACGAGACGCUGCUGUUCCGCGACGAGGACUUCAUUUUGCCUGGAUCAUUGAAGGCUAGGGAUCUUGAGAAACGGCAGGAUUUCCGGCAACAAAAACGGACUUUGGAAAUAGGUGAUCAGACCUCCACUUCCGUUGAGGAAUCGGUAGAAAGUUCAAAGAAGAAGAAGAAGAAAAGAGCCAAUGAGAAACCUAGCUCGAUGUCAAGCGCAGACGUACGAUUUUCUUUAACUAAGAGACAAAGCGCACCGGUUGAUACCGUUGAAAAGGAGAAUGUUUAUGAGUUCGUAGGCUACGAUCUUGGCAGGCUACGUGUUCAAAUCACGAACACCAAGAAAACCUUUUACUCGGCCGAUGGUACUUUGGUACAAGUGGAAAUGGACGACUGGCUUUACAAGGACAAAGAUCUACGGAUUACGGUCACUGUGCAUGAUUACAGUUUACGAUUGUUUCAGCGAAUUAAUAACAGCGCUCGGGAAAGCAGCAAAAUGUUUCAUUUAACGACUGAAGCUGGGAUUAUACUCGCUUUCGAGAAAUUCUUCCUGCCACCUUACGAAGACAGGAGUUCUCACAAGCAGUUUUGCCAGAACAUGAACGUCCAUUUUAAAGCAUCAUGGCCGACCGGCCUGCUGAUAGAACCAAUCACUGGUACCGAAACAGAUGAUCCAUUUUACAUUUGUCAGUCUUACGUCACGUCGAGAGGAUACGGGAACAUCAACGGCGUCCAUGAAGUUUGUAGAAAGUUUUUGAGAAAUGGCACCAUUUUGAAGUAUCUCGACGAUGGGCAAAUUAUCGUUCUUCGUCCUAAUGGGGUCGUCGUAACUUGUACGGCCUUCGAGAAGCUCCGAUUUGAAGAUUCCGAUAGCCAUAAUGAUGAGACCAACUUUCAGAGAGGUGACAGAUCGAGCAGAGGAGCGAAGCUUCUUAAAACUAAGAGAAAAUCAUCGAGUUUGCUGAAGACUCAACUGGCUAAAGUAGUCGAAGCACCAUCUACACGGUUACAACAGAAAGAUUUCAAUCAUGACAGUGUCUUGUCAGUGGAUGACACGACGGUCAAAGUGUUACGGUACACGGUGCUGGAUCACGAUGGUAGAUGGUACGAGGUGGCCGACGACUUGGUCGUAAGCGAACACCAUCGAUUACUCGUGAGGACAGCGUCCGACUACGAGGUAGACGAGAAAUUCACGCGUCGAGCUGACGGCACCAACAUGUUGCUGAAUUCUAAUGGGGAAUUGAUUGUCGAAUUCCCUGACGGUACGCGCAUCACAACGGGCUACAUCAUAGAAAAGGAGCCAGUGACAUGUGACUGGUCCGAGGAGGAAAUUCUACGGUACUUUAUAUUCGACGAUACAGAGGAAACAGAUAACAGUGUGUCAUUUUCGAAUCUGAAGUACGUCGAGGAAGCUGCUUCGAGACACAGCUUGGAAGAUGUGACCGGGCUAUUGAUCGAGGAUGCCUUUGUCUCUGUUCUGUUGACAUGUCGCGUAGAACACAAGAACUAUGCCACGGUGUUCUACGAUCAGUCAACAGUUAGCUGUACUUUAUUGAUGCCAGACGAAGUUCGAGUCAGCAUAUCCAGAAGAGGUGAUUACGAAGUUUCGAUGGCCGAUGGAGUUAAUCUGAAGAUCAAAGAAGAUGGUCUAUCGUUCGGAGGCAACUCGUGCGCCAUCUGUGGCAGCCAAUCGACUUCCACGUACGAAUUCUUCCCGUUCGAGUCACCGGCCGUCAUAUUUUCUAGCAGAGACGUUUUUAAAAAUGUAUUCGAGGUGAAGGACGACAGUACAACGAGUUAUCAUCGUAAAGAACCGUCAGGAUCGAACUCAAACGUGGACCUUCUCGAAGGCAAAGAGAUUUACGAGGAAGAAGACGAACGCUUUGAGCAUCGCUGCGAUCACGAGAGGCUGUGCUUCCAGCUCAAUGACAUUCGUUGCAGAAUAUUUUCGAUAAAUCGCAAUCUCACAGCUUACGAGUACCUUCAUCGAUCUGCGAGCAACCGGGCCGAAUUGGCAACAGCCUUUGAUAACGAGACCAGCGCCAUCUUGUAUCCGAGUUCGCGCAGACCGAAACUUCGUCGUCUUAUUAUGUUUGAACCGUCGAAACCUGAGCCACGAUCAAAGACUCUGCUAACGUUUCAGUAUCCUGAAUUGAAGCCAACAAACUUCGACCGAAGGAAACUAUUACGAAGUACAUAUUCGAUUCCCUACGAUUGGCCCUUUCCAUUUGGCAAAAAUGGCAAUGGUAUUUGGGAAAAUACCCAUGAUCUUCCGUUGACAUGUUCCAUGGAACAGAACUUGCCAAAAUUAUUGAAAAUCCGUGUUCUGUACGGUUUUAAAGAGCAGGAUGUAAAUGCGGUCAUUGAUCUGCAAAGAGCACUCGGACGCUAUUGGAUGUCGAUAGCUUCCGGUACCUCCGACCCGAAAGCAAGAAGGUUAGAUACCGAAAAGGUGGUACACGAAGAGUCCAAAACAAUCUACGAUCAUUUAGAGGACAAUCUUCUCAAUUUAGCGUUUGGUGUUACGAAAUAUAUCGACGUUCUAACCUACGAAAGCGGUUUCGAGAAACAUUGGAGGAAACCUACAAUAAAAGCACCCGUACGAUCGAGUACGUUCAAUAAAUUUCUGAUAGAGACAGCUUCGAACAAAGAAGAGAUCGAGUGGUACAAACGUUGCAUGAGGGAAGGAAUCGUUUUACCAUAUUUCCAAAAUGUCAACGGAUUCUGUUUCCUUUGGAUAGAGGAAUGCAUGACGAGCGCAGUAAAAAUAUCACGAGCCAACAGAUUAGCCGCUAAAAUGCAGAAAAAUAGAGGAGCCUAACUCAUCGACAGAAUUUCAGAUUAUCUUCUUAUUCGACACGCUGCCUGCAGCCAACUUUACCUUCGGAUUAAAUUAACUCGAUCAAAGAGCCUUCGGGUUUUUGAGCGUUACCGUGAUCUGUUAGCCGGAAGUUGAGAAGCUUGAUAAACAGCCUGGAAAGAUUGCAUGAAUAUAAUUAGCUCGGGGUAUAAAGAAAAUGCGGUAGCUUUAGC